AUGUUCAUGCUGUUGCGAUUGUUAUGGGAGAAAUUCCGAGAGCUGGAUGAGAAAUAUAAAGAUGAACGUUCGGAGAACUAUUUUCUACUCAGUUAUCUGCAAUGCAUUUUCAUUUCAACCGCUUACUAUGCCUUUGUCAAACAUAUUGGUCCGAAAAUAAUGGAAAAACGCAAAGCUUUCGACUUGAAGUACGUCUUAUUGGCAUAUAACGCUGCGCAGGUGCUCGUCAAUGGCGGCAUGCUUAUUUCGGUAAUUUACAUCAUCUGGCUACAUAAACCCUACGAUCGCUUGUCUUGCAUGAUGCCCAUUAGGCAGCGCACGGAAUUUGGUAUGUUGGAGCUUAAAUUCGCGUACGGCUAUUAUUUGCUGAAGUUAGUCGAUUUCGCCGACACUGUGUUCUUUGUGCUACGCAAACACCAACACCAAGUGAGCUUUCUUCAUGUUUACCACCACAUCCUGAUGGCGUGUGGCCUUUUUUUCGCUGUGCGUUAUGUGUCCGGUGGUCAUGGCGCAUCACUAGUUAUUGUGAAUCUAGCGGUACAUACCAUUAUGUAUUUCUAUUAUUUCAUAUCGGCGCUGCGACCAGAGCUGAAAUACUCGGUGUGGUGGAAGAAACACAUUACUCAGGUGCAAAUUGCGCAGUUUUUGUUAUUGCUGCUGCAUUUCAUACACGCUCUCCUCGAUACGGAGUGUGAAUUUCCAAAAUGGGCUCUGGGUUUCGCCUCUUUUCAAAUGAUUGUUAUGCUGGCGCUAUUCUCUGAUUUCUAUUAUAAAGCUUAUUUGCGUCCGAAUAAGAGAAAAUUGGUGUCGCAAGCGAAUGCUGAGCAAGUUUCUGAGCAAAAGAAAGAAGACUUUAGUGCGGAGCAGUUGGUGGAAAGUGAAAAGAACACAAAUUAA